AUGGCGUCCGUCAGCAUGGGGAAUGGCAAGGCCGUGCUUGCGCUUCUCGCCAUCGUCACCGUCAUCGCCGCGUGUCUCCUGCAGCCGUCGCUAGCAGCAGCGAGCGUAUCGGUCCCAAUGCGGAUUGUCACACAAAUGGUGAUCCACAGCCGCCUAUUAAGCUUCGCGUCGCGCCGCUGUGUCAACUUUACUGCCAUGCCGGCUUCUGUGAGGACGCAGGUGGAGGUGCUGUGGCAUCAAAGAAGCGAUGCUGGCAGUGCUGAGUGCCGCGCAAUUCGGAUCUUCCAGGAUUCCCAUUGCAAAGGGCAGAUGUUGGACGUUUUCGCCAUGGGCAGGAAGAGUGCCAAGUAUAUCUCCGGUGCAGCCAAGUCCGCCCUCUGCAUCAUUGACGACAUCUGCCAGUAUGUGCGCUGCCCUGCCAACUCCAUCGCAUGCAGCCCAACCACCGACGAUCGCUUGGCAGUGACGUGCCAGUGCUUCAAAGGCUACACUGCUGUCAGCAACACAUGCCAGCGUUCCGCUCACCUGCCGUCUCUCUCCUUGCCUGUGCUGCAGAACCCACGUGCGUCACUACAGGCUGCCCUGCCAACUCCGAGUGUGGCAAACGCACCGGAGGCAAUGAAAUGGAGUGCAUGUGCAAGCCGGGCUACAGUGCAUUCCGUGGCAUCUGCAUCCCCACAGCAAAAUUCAACACCACCAGAACACCUUCCAAUGACGUUUCAGAAGCUUUGA